AACAAAUUGUUCAAAACUAAUUCAAAUUUGAUACCUCAAUCGAUAGCAUUCGCGGUUUUCGGUUAGCAUCGAUAAUAAUAUUGGCGAUGGAUCGCGUUCAGCUUUGUCCACCUCUAUUGGGUCCGGAGAUCGUAUUGUUUUUGCAUUUACAAUUUAAAUUACGCCGGAAUGAGUUUUCAUGCUCCUUUGCAAGGAAAGCCACACCCAAUGGCGGACUACCAAUCCAUCAGGCAUUCUGAAUUGGAACAGCUAUUUGAAAAGAAGUUCCACUAUCAGAAGCCAAGGGGAAAUAAGUCCUGGCAGUUGCCACCUCAGGAUCAGGCUCUAUUUAGCGAGUUUUACCAGUUCGACGCGCUACAGGGACUACGGGAGCAACUGAAUACUGUCAAAAGCAAACUGAAUGACUAUGGUGUGCAGGAAUGGAGUGCUCAUACCAACCGCCGGGAUCCUUCUGGCGAAGUGUCCUGGCGCCUCAAGAACGAUACCAAAGCCGAGUUUGUAACGGUGGCCUGGUGCAAAAUCUUCGAAUGCCUACAUCGUUAUCCAUUGGUUAAGAGUUCAGAAGUCAACACUCUUCAUCUGUGCGAAGCUCCUGGAGCCUUCAUUACAUCUUUAAAUCACUACCUGCACAGCAAAUACUCCAAAGAUGAGAUUAAAUGGCGUUGGCGGUCCACAACUUUGAAUCCAUAUUACGAAGGCAACCCUUUAAACCAGAUGAUCACCGAUGACAGGUUCAUUUUUCACACGCUGGAUAAUUGGUUGUUUCACAGGGAUCUCACUGGCAAUCUAUUGGAUGUUGCCAAUAUAGACCACUUGGCGGAACGGUGCGCAGAUGACUUGCAGGGUCAAGUCGAUCUAGUCACCGCAGAUGGCUCUAUCGAUUGUGCUGCACAGCCGGAUUGCCAAGAAGAAAUCGUCGUUCGUCUGUUUUUCGCCGAAGUUCUCAGCGCUCUCAAGAUUCUCUCAAAGGGAGGCAACUUCCUGGUGAAGAUGUUUACCCUAUUUGAGGCAUGCAGUGUAUCACUUCUUUACACACUCAACUGCAUCUUUGAGCAGGUGCACAUCUUUAAACCGGCUACAUCUAAGCGAGGAAACUCUGAGGUUUAUGUAAUAUGCCUGAACUAUCAGAAAGACACUACCGGCCUACCUCGAUUGCUUGAGGAGAUAAAAGCCAAGCUUUCUCAGCCAAAUGACACUAUGGUGAUGCCACUGUUCGCCAGGUCACAGAUCCCUCAAGACUUUCUUAUGCAGCACGAGAUUGCCUGCCGUCUGUAUAUGAAGCUACAGACAGAUGCUAUCGAGGGAAGUAUCUAUGCUUACGAAUCCAAUGAUCGUCAUUAUCUAAGGCACCUCCAUCACCUGAGAGGGCUCGUCUCCGACACAUACUACAGUCGCUAUAAAGUGAAACCUUUGGAGGAUAGUCUGUGCAUCGUGGACAAGGAGGCGACUCGCAAGGCCCUUGGCUUCUCAGUGCCGGUCUACGGCGGAUCCUACACAGAAAGGGAAAACUUGAAACACGGUGAUCUGCUUAAACAGAUUUACUGCUUGCGCCGGGAAUUCAACCAACUGGAGAAGUGCCCCAGCAGCAGAACAUCAUACUCGUAUGUUAAGAAGAGAGUGGAACCAUUGAAUCUUCAUAUUUCCAGAGGGGCACCUGUUCACAGUCUACAAAGCAGUAUGUUUGCCUCGGAGCCUAUACUCCUUAUGCGUCUUCGCAUUCUGGAUACUUUUGAUCUCGAUCCUGUUUGGCAGUCUGCGCCCAAAUGCCUUUUGGAAAGCAAGACGCUUGACUACCACCAACCAACGGAAAAUGAAAGCUUUCACAUCGCCCAGCGACGCUUUUUUGUAGAUCUCCUUGAAGCAGUAAAGGAAAUGAAACCGCAGAGCAUUGUCUUCCAUAAGUUCCUGUUCCUCACCCACUAUGCCGCUUCGCUGCUCCUGUUCCUCAUGGAAGUCAUAUAUAAGGAGUGCAGUUUUGAUAGCAAUGACUUGCAAACCCUUACGUUAAGUAAGCUUGAAGACACGGACAAUAAGGAGCUGGAAAAAGUGCUGGAACUCUUAAAAGAUGAACAGGCGGGGGCCAUUCACAGCCUGCUUGACAUUAAGGAGCUCCAGAAGAACCGGUUUAGCAACGCCCUCAUCCAACACAACAAUAACGUGUUGUUAACCUGCUUCCGUGGUAUGCUGGGCGAGGAAUCGUUUCCCAUGCCUGUGGUUCUAGCCCCCAACUCGGAGGUCCCUGCGAUCCAAGAGACGGCUGCUGUGUUUUAACAUAACGAACAUGUAUUUCUCACUUGCAUAAAAUUACAGUGCUACUUUUACAAAACUA